AUGCAAAUUCACGCAGGCAACAGCAUAGUUUACCAGCAACAGCAGCAGUACGGGAACGGGACAAGGAACACUAGAGGUUCACCAUCGCCUAGUCGACCAGCCAGCACUUCCUCCGCAGCGUCUCAGUGGCAAUCGACGGUUCCAGCUUCCGGUGAAGCUUUCUUCCCGCGGCAAGAGAAUUGGAGUUCGGAAGUAUAUGGUAAGAGAAGCGUGACCCCCACGUGGACCGAGCUAGGAGUUCAACUAGACGCCAGGAACCCGUCGUGGGAGAGACAGAGCAAUUGUUACCAGAAGAAAGGAUCACCUAGUUCGUGGAAUGCAGAGUAUACUAGCAAGAGGCCAUCCUCGACGACAGGCGUGUCACCUUGGAGUGAAAUGUCUGUCGGCUAUCAACAGCAACGUCGAGGGUCUCUUCAAUUAUGGCAGUUUUUAGUCACCUUGUUGGACGAUCCUGCGAACGCGCCUUGCAUUGCGUGGACCGGCCGUGGAAUGGAAUUCAAACUAAUCGAACCGGAAGAGGUGGCUCGAAGAUGGGGGGUUCAGAAGAAUCGGCCAGCAAUGAAUUACGAUAAAUUAAGCAGGUCGUUGAGGUACUAUUACGAGAAAGGGAUAAUGCAAAAGGUGGCGGGAGAAAGAUACGUGUACAAGUUCGUGUGUGACCCGGAAGCACUUUUCAAUAUGGCGUACGGUUCUGCAGGAUCGUCCGGCCUUCCUAGCGAAGUGCAGAAUGGCGUUAGAAGUCAAUCGAUAUCUGGGAAGAUAUCAUCUUCGAACGAUGUUUCCGAAUUAGCGAAACAUCCCAGCAAUGGCUAUGGUGAUGCAGUUCUUGCCAUGUAUUCGAAUACAGCAGCAGUGUACGGACCAUCGAGUUUGCAUCACCUGCACCAGUAUCUCGGCGGUAACGAGGGUUUCAAGACACCGUCGAACAGAUACCACCCCCAUUACACGCACGAGUACAACGGAAGUCACCACCAUCCACCUUCGAGCUACACAGAAACCUUCCUGAACUACGGCCGCUUAUCGUCUCAUGACGCCCCGACCGAAUCCAGAAGCCAGGAACUACCGAGAAUUCCAUACACGCAGGAAACGGAGGGUAUCAGCAGAGAACGAGAAGCGUCAUCGAUUUUGUACGACGGCGUACAGAGAACGCAAUUACCGGCUGCUCCGACGCUCUCGCAGCCAACCUUGCUAGACGCUACCACCACCAGCUCGAAGAUCGAGCAAACUUCGUACGCGUGUCUCGGCGUAGGCAGCUGUGUCUGUUGA